CAAAUCGUUCCACAACUCAAGGGGCAUGCCAUCGCGCGCGUGUGCCGGCGGAUGCGGCGGCACUGUGACUGUGAAAGACGACGUGUGUCAUGUAAUGAAACUCUCCCACACGACGGUGUCAACAGUCCUCAAGUUGUUUUCGGCGUUCAAGCAGCCAACUUUCACGACGUUGGAGCUUUCGGAUGGAGAACUGGACCAAUUCUCGCUAGAGAAGCUCACCCAAACUUUCUUGCCUAUGCAUACGUUCACAAUCACGACGCUAAAGUUGUCACGGUGUCCGUUGCCAGAAGGAGUCGUGACUGUUCUAGUUCGUUGCUUCAAAGAAACAGGCAGCCUCAGGAGACUUGUUCUUGAUACGUGUCGCGAUGUAAGCAUGACGGCUUUGAUGACCUUAACGUCGUUGUUGCCUCCUAUCGAACACUUGGAGCUCCCAAGCUGUAAGCUCCCUCGACAAGCGGGGUUGAUUCUUGGCCAGACGCUGCAGUUGUGCUCGAGAUUACGAACAUUGAUACUUCGGCAAAACAAUCUUGGCGACGGUGGUGCACGUGCGAUCGCUGAUGCCUUUCAACCCAAGAAAUGUCAUGUGCAUGGUCGCCACCGCAUCUCCAAGGGAAGUGGCACAGGAAUUUGGGUCCUUGACACACUGGACUUGAGCGGCAACGGCAUUUCGAACGUUGGCUUCAGUUAUGUUCUCGCCAUUUCUGUUCGUGAGUUGCUUGUCAGCUACAAUAACAUCACGUCUAUUCAUGACGUCACUGGGCAUGUCCCUCUCCACUUAAAAUCCUUGGACCUGUCGUACAACCCGAUCAGCACGGAUGGCUUCCACUCCGUCGGUGCGCUCAUCUCGGGCACUUGUGCUCAAGCCAACCUUACGAGCUUGAACAUUGAGAACUGCUGUAUCACUGUCGACGGCUUAUGCUCGUUGAGAGACGCCAUCACUCGCAACCCGGCAACCAAACUACGAGAAAUUCGACUUGGCGAAGACAAUUCCAUCCACGACCCGGCGACUCGCGUGGGACUUGCUGAAUUGCUGGAGUGCAUGAGCCGGGUGACCCCUCAUGUCGAAUGCAUCAUUUCACCCACAAUCGUGCCCAAACCAACCUCGCCGACGCAACAGCUCGACCCUGUAGGAAGCAGUUCGAUGCUUCGACCCAUGAACUGCCAUGCCAUUAUUGCAAAAGGCGAGGUGAAUCGAUGCAACGAAAUGGACCAUCAGGACAACGACCGCGAUAGCUUUUCCAUGGCGUUGAAUUCGCCUCAAAGUAGUAGCGCACGCACCCACAGCAUCCACGACGAAGCUGAAUUUCAAGACGACUGUCCUUCACCUACUGCUGCAGAAGCAAUCGCGCCGUCGGAGAUGGCAUUCCCCCACGACGAUCCUAUGCGACGCGAAGCCAUGGCGUCCAUGAACAUGGCGUUUGAAGCGCACAACAUGACGCAUCAACACCGCGCUCAAAGCGACUCUGUCGUGCAUCGAUUGUGCAUAAAAGUCGAGACGUUGGAGAGUCUGGUGCCGCGUUUGGAAGGGCAGUUGGAUCGUGUUGCAGAGCGCGUGGCAGGGCUGGGAGCACAACUCCCAUCGAUGCAAGCAGACGUGGCGACCCAGCUCGGCAUUCUCCGACACGACCUCUUGUCACGUAUGUCGUCCAUGUCCGGGGACGAGCACGACCGACCCAAUCGCGGUGCAUUGAGUUUGCUUGGAAGCGACGACAACCACCAAACUGGUGUCGACCCGUCCAUCCGUGCGCCGUGGAAAGCCAAGAUGGAAGCGCGGCAACAAGAGCUGUUCCAGCAAUUUCAGAGAUGGCAGGUGUACAUGGAGACCGAUCGAAUGCAACUCACAAAUCGCGUCCAAGAAUUAGAAGCCAAGGUGGCUGGGCUUGAAAACGUUGUCAAGGCGGAGCAACAAGCCAGCCUCUUGGCCCUCGAAGCCAUCUCGAGCGCAUUUGUUUCCGACUAACACAGGCAACACACAC